GCUGUGAGGCACAGAAAAAGAGGUUUUGGGUUCCGGAGUUUGCACCUUCAUCUCCCUCACAGUUGAGGGACGCCCCCAGGAAAGGGGAAGAGACGAGAGCAAUGGCAGGGAGCCUCUCUUUGGGGGCAGGCAGGGUCCUAUGGGGCCGGGUGCCCCUAUCCUGCAGAAGCUUCUCUCUGGGUAUUCCCGGAAUGUUCCACGUAAGGCUCACCCUCCCGCCUCCCAAAGUGGUUGAUCGUUGGAACGAGAAGAGGGCUAUGUUCGGGGUGUAUGACAACAUCGGGAUCCUGGGAGACUUUGAAAUGCACCCCAAAGAACUGAUCAGGGGCCCCAGAUGGCUUAGAGGCUGGAAGGGGAAUGAAUUGCAACGUUGUAUCCGAAAGAAGAAAAUGGUUGGAAAUCGAAUGUUCCUUGAUGACCUGCACAACCUUAACAAACGCAUCAGCUACCUCUACAAACACUUUAACAGACAUGGAAAGUACCGGUAGAAGAGAAAGCUGGGAACUGUGGAAGAGACACAUCUGUCACGGGGGGGGGAACAGUACUUUUCCCUUUGGGAUUUGUAUGCUCUCUAAUAAAAUGGGGCUUCUUUGGAA